UAUCUCCAAAGAUUCUUAAAGAUGAUCUUCGAUUUACUGGUUCAACGGGAGACGCAAUAAAUAUUGAAAUCCCAAUUUACAGCAAUCCUGUACAUGACACUAUAGAAAUUACAAGAUAUGACGGUCAGUCUAUUUCUAGCGAUAUGUAUACUGUCAUUGAUGAGUCUGUUAAGACACAAUUUUAUGGUAAAGAUGUCACACUACAAGGGAAUGUGAUUUAUCUCACGUUGCAUGAUGCAAAGGAAGAAGAUUUCGGAAAUUAUUCAUUAAAAAUCACAAGUGUUCUUGAUACAACACAAGCUUUUGUUCACGUGAUAGCAGAAGGUCCACCACUGCCACCUAAAUUCUUACAGUUCCUGUCUGAAAAUAACAUACUGAAAUUUGUGUGGCAAAAAGAUUUCAAUGGAGGACUUCAACAAUAUUUUAUUAUACAAACAUCGAUCGUUGGUACAGAAACAUGGACAAAUCUGUUAAAUGUUAGCGAGAUAGACAGUAAAUAUAGAAUUAACAGUACUUUCUAUACUGCUAAUAUAACGGGUCUUUCACAAGGAAAAUACACUGCUCGAAUAUUUUCUGUCAAUUCAAAAGGAGGAUCUGAACACAUUGUUUUAGCAACUACAUUUGAUGUUGUCUUAGAAACAGAAUUUGAGGGUGACAAACAAGAUGAUAGAACUGGAGUUAUAGCAGCUGUGAUUAUUUCAGUCGUACUAAUUGGUUCUGCUAUUUGCAUCGGGAUUUUCAUUUGGAAGAAAAGAAAAACCGCAAAAGAACAAGCUAUGCAAACUUUAUAUGAAUCAACAGCUCAGUUUGAUUCAACAUCGAAUGUACAAUAUGAAGACCUGCAUGGUUUAACGGAUGCAAACAAAUCAGAAACCUAUGACAGUUUAGAUAUAACAAAAGACGAUGCCCAAUUUCAAUCCACCUCAACCAGCAAAAAUGUCAUAGCCCUUCAAACGUACGAUACCAGUGACAAUGUGAACAUGUACGAAAACCUGAAAGUUGGAAGUUCAAAGAUAAAUAAGUAGAGUUAUUGAUGAACAAGUAUUCUGUUGAAAAUAAUUUAUUUCGUCUUUGAAAGUAAAACUUCAUCUCAGCGGUUCAUUAAGGACUGAAGUUUUCUAUAUACCGCAGCUAUCAUGUUGCAAUUAUAUUAAACAAUAUGUGUAUAUUCAUAAAUACCUAUAUAUCGGUGUACAAAUAUGCACAAGGUUGUCAUCACUUGAUUAUGGAACGUCUGUUGCUCUCGGCAGUUUCCCGUUCGUGCCUGAACAAAUGCACUGAUGGUACUCACCCAGCCAACAUUCUAUAUCGGCCCGACAUCAAACCGACAUGGUUUUCUAUGACGGCCCGAUGUCGGCUUUAACAUCGGCUGCAAAUAGGAAUGAUGUUGGCCCGACAUCGGCAAUACAAUAUCGGGCCGAUAUCUUAACGAUAUAGGCCCGAUAUGUCUUGCCGACAUCGGGCCUACAUCAAAACAAUAGCGGUGCGAUGUCAACCAACAGUAGAAAGAUAUCGGUCCUAUAUCGACCAGGUAUCAUCCUUAUGCAAGCAUGUUGAUGACAUCUAACAGCAAGCCUUUGGCAAAACCUGCAAAAACACAAAAUGAAAGAUAAUUAUUCUACAAAAUAAGAUAACAAAGACAUAUAUUUUAACUUAAAUGUGCAAAUGACAAUCACAACCAUGAUAAUGCAUGUCGCGAAAUCAUGUGACAAAUAUUUUCAAACAUAAUUUUACAUCUAAAAAAGAGAUAAACAGAUAAAUUGUAUUUUUCCAAUAACUUUAAGUGUAAAAAUCAAAUCGUUAACAGCGUUUACAGAUUUGUUGAAUCAUCAUUACAUUAAAAAAACAUGCUUUUCAUCACCUUCCUUUGUUAGCUUUUCUUUUUGGCGCUUAAUCUGUUAGUUGUAGGACUGCAGUGAAUAUUUUCCAGCUUUUCAUUUUAAAUUUAAUAAAAGAGUGAUGUUUUUGUAGUAAAAACAUAAAUAUUGAAUUUAAUUACAAACCACAUAUCAUUUUAAACUCAACUAUGAUUAUUUUAGAAAUUCAUAUCAAAAUGUACAAUUAUUUGCUGCAUGAUUUUCAAUUCAACAGAAAACGCAAUAUCUUACCGAUGUCAAUCCGAUAUACAAAAAAAGUUGCAUUGAUAGGUCAUGUAGGCCCGACGCAGACCCGAUAUAUCUUUUUUGAUGUAACGUGGUUCUAGUAAUUGAAAUCAUAUACAAAUGUACAGGACAAUUUAUUCACAUCAUUAAGUAAACAAUGCCAUUGCAAUUAGAGUUUUUCAAAAAACUCAAUAUGUCGGCACUGCAGCGGCCCGACGUCGGCCAAUAGUCGGCGUAUUUUGCCGACAUGCCGACAUUAAUCCUAAAUCGGCCCGAUGUGGUCAUGCUGGCUGGGCAAGCAAAGAUAGAAUCGACAUAUAAGACCAUUACUGUCUUAGUGCGACGUAUGGUCCAACUAAAAACUCAUUGUUGAUGUUUGGUUAACAAUUUUCCUGUUUACAUGACUGUUAAAAUCAUUAUAUUCAUAUUAUACGAAAAUUAUACGAACAAUAGCAUUUAUCAUUUACAAUAAGAAUUUAUAUUAUACUUCAUGUCUUAAACAUAUUAAUCUCGUAAAAGUGAAAUAAGUUAUGUAAUUAUGUUUCUAUUUUCAUUACCCAA